UACACUAUAUUAAAUAAAUUAAAUAAUUAUAAUAUAAUGUAAUUAAAGUAAUAAUAAUUUAUAUAAUUUUUAAUUACACUAUUUUCUAUUAUACCUAUUAUAUCUAUUGCAAGCCGCAAUAAGUAGGGUAAAGUCGCCCAUACGGGAUAGGUUCCUAAUAUGAGCUAGCGACGUUUCUACUACAUUAAUAAACGCAUAUGGUUGGUACCAUCAUAAACUUAUUACUUUUGGGGUGAAAUCUAUUUAGUAGAAAAUUUAUUAUUAGAUCAUGCGUGCAGUCGUUGAAAAAAAAAGUUUUGAAAUUUGAUGUUGUCGAGUUUUAUUAAGAUGAGUCUUUAACCCUUGUUUAUUAUAAAAUAAACAAAUAUUUGAUAAUAAAUUCUGCAUGCAGUGAUAGAGUAAAGUCGUAUUAAUAGAAAAAUACAGAAUGUGAUAAUUUGCUUAAUUAUAAAUAUUAGAUUUGGUGAUCGUGAAACCAUAAAGCGUGGAAGUUGUAAAAUGAGACACUCAAAAAUUCUUAUUUAUUAUUGUAUAUUCUAACUUCGAGAGGUUUCCAAAAUGCUAUAACAAAGUUUUUUAUUGAGGACUUUUGAAUUAUGAGGCUUGAAGGUUAUAGCUUUCAACAUUAGCACUGAGAUUUUAAUAUAUCUCUAAUAGAAUUGAUUUUGGAAAAAAAAUAUUACGUAAAAGUUUUUGAGUAUCAAAAGAACUAUUUGAUUGGUCAUCUAGAUUUUGAGUAUGGAGCCUAAUUUAAACCUAGUAAUAUCCAAGUUGAUAAGACAAUUUCAUGUAAAAAAAACCUUUGUGUCUCAUAUUAGGAACCCUUUUUUUGAAUUAGCAAAUUUGGCAAUUUUGCCAAAAAAUUUCAUGUACAACAAACUAUAACUAUUAUCGAUUAUCAACUUUUGGAGAUGAAACUUAAAUAUAUUUACUAUAAUUUGGUUAUAAAAAUAGGAGUUAAUAGUAUAAAUUAAAUAAAUUAUAAGUCUUUAAAAAAAGGUAUCUCAUAAUAGGCAACUUUACUCUAUUAGAUUGCAUUUAACACCAAAAAAAUAUAUCAUUUACCUGAGAGAACAUUUGGCUAAUAUUUUUACAUGUUUUUCCCUCAUCUUCCAUUUUUCUUCUUUUUUUAUCUUUUAAUUUUUCUGCAUCACCUUUACGUUUAUUUUUGUCCAUGUUGACAGCAGAAAACAAUGUCCAAAACCAGGAAAUAAAGAACAUGUACUAGUCUGGCGUGGCUUAAUCAAAUGUCUCGCGCAUUUUCUUGCACAAACAUGUACGCGUGUCCCGCGAUAAAACAAAUGAUAAUCAGAGUCCACAAUGUUCAUAUUUUGUUUUCCCCCAUUUCGAGCACCGCGCGUCUCAAGAAGCAGAGCCACCUACGCCAGUAACAGUAUAGCGGUUUAACAUAGCAAGCGGGACAUCAUCGCAUACGGCCCUGCUUCUCGUGGCGCGCAAUGAUCGGAAUAGAGAAAAACGGCACCAAAAUCCGAACUCUGCUAAUAAUUCCCGUUUGCGUGAUAAUCGAAACAAUAAAUUCGGGCGUGAUCGCAAGCACAUAUUUGCGGCCAAAUAGUGUUUUAAGAAGAGCAUGGCUUAUUCAAAUUCAUAAAAAUAUGCAAAUUUAUAAUAUAAAAAUUUUUUUCAAGGCGUUUAUACACUUGUCUGCUCUGUAGAGAUUUUUAUAUUCUAUAUUAUAUAAUGUUGUUAUCUUUAUAAUUUGUGCAUUUUGUAUUAUAAUAUAUAAUUCCAAAAUUUUUAUACGUAGACCGUAGCGCAAGGUUGAUAAAUUUCUAAUGGAUAGAAGAAACCAUGGUAAAUUCUAGAUUUUACUGUCCAGGACCUUAUCCAAUAUAAUAAAUUGGCAAAAACUAUAUGAAAAUAAUUAUGUUUGAAGCAUCGGUUACAGCGAGGUUCUGCACAGUCGAUCCGAGGCACAUGGACAAAGAAUUGCAUAAAUUCUCUGCUUAACGGAAAAUUGAAGUUCUAGAACAGUUGAGCUUUCGGUGUUGCUAGUCAGGGCAUCGUUGAACCCCAGAUAUAGAAAACAAUCAUAUAUUGUUCUUAAUGCCUUGAGUUCGUCUACAUUAUUGUUAGCUGCUAUUACAAGCGCGUCUGUUGCACACGUGUUAGAAAUUAUUUGCCCCCUCCCCCAAUCCCAGUCACAGCAAUGCUACCCUUUCGUUACCUAAUACGGUCAAAUUCAAAAUCGUUGCCCUGAUUGGUUUUGGUGGAUAAUACUUUAUUCAAACCCAAAGGGUAUCCAACGACGAUCUUAAAUAUAAGAAUCGACUAUGAAUACCGGCCACGGUUGUGUUUUUUGCAGACCUAAAAACUUUUCUUAAGCUCAUACCGGCCCAUGACGGUCCAAUUUGAACCGGCCCACCGAGAUUUUCUCGGUAACUCGCCGGCCCAAUCCGGGCCUGCUUGACUCCCAUUAGCCCCUCUUGCAAUUCUAUUAUCUAUACUUUAAUUGUGGAUAAGGAUUUUUACAUCUGUAAAUGCAAUUAGGAAAACAGUUAGCAAAAAUUACCGCUUUCAGACGGUAAAAAAGGACGGCUUUAGCAUUUUCUUAAAACAUUGUAUAAAUAUUCUUAUAUUAAAAACCUAAAAUAUAUUAAAGUAGAAAGAUAUUUGACAGUUCAUGUAACAUAUAAAUUUACAAGAACGCUUUCCGCGGUCGUAGCUAGAUCUUGAUGCUUUUAUAUUUACUAGGGAUGUGCCGGAUAUCCGGCAACUAUCCGGUAUCCGGCCUAUCCGGCCGUUUUGUACUAUCCGGCCGGAUAGCCGGAUAUCAUUAGUAUCCGGCCGGAUAUCGGAUCCAAAUUUGAUAUUUAAAAUUGGCGUCAUUAUUAAUGCUGGAUUCGAGACGCAGAGUCCUCUAGGAACAAAGCUAAUCAUUUUUUAUCAGACUCUCUUUUGUACAAUCUUUUUAAACGUUUAUUUUCAAUAACGGUGAAGUAGAGAACCUCUAAAGAGAGAGAAUCACCAACUGGGGUCACGUGACCGAUUCUAUGAUUGGCUGACAUAACUGUAAAGAUUUUGCAUUGCGACGUCAAUUCAUUGGCCGGCACAAAUCACGCGGAACCAUCGAUGGUUCCUCGCGACGAAGCACAUCAACGCAUUGAUUCUAGAGAUUUUCUAGGUGAAAGGCAUUAGUGUUUUUCUAACCUAACUUACGAGAAGAUACAAUAGCAAAGUGAUUAGUGAAAAUUAUCGAUAAAUUUAUCUUCCACAUGGUGUAGAUGACCUGAAGAAUAUAUCGUUCAUUUUAUUGUUGCAUUUAAUUAUAAAAUAUAAUGGCACAAGGAAAAUCCAACGUAUGGAAAUUUUUUAAAAUAUGUAGUGAUGAUGAAAAAAAAGCAGAAUGUUCACUUUGCGAAGCGUCGCAAAAAAAAAUUAUGAGAGGAAAAACGCCUAAAUUAUUUUCUACAAAACCUUUAUGGAAUCACUUAAAAAGUAAACAUCCAUUGGCAAUAGAAAACAUGGAUGGAAAUACAGAUCCUGAAACUGAUCCACCAACUUUAAACUUAAACUCUUCAUCAUCAAUUUCACACUCAAAAUCUCAUCAGCCUACUUUACAAUCUUUAAUUAAGAAAAAAGAAAUGUGGUCUUUGGAUGAUCCAAAAGCCAUGAAUAUAACCAAAAAGAUCUGCGAAAUGAUGGCUCUUGAUGCUGAACCAUUCGCACUAGUUGAGCGAAAAGGCUUUCAAAGAUUAAUAAAAUAUUUGGCACCGCAGUAUCCAUUACCUUGUAGAACAUAUUUUUCUGAAAAAAUUAUGCCACGUUUGUAUGAAAAUUUGAAAACAUGUAUUAAAGAAAAAUUAAUUACUGCGAUAAAUAUAUCGUUCUCCACCGAUAUUUGGACUAGUCCAGCAAACAACGAGUCAUUUAUAAGCCUGACAGCUCAUUUCAUACGAAGUGAUGAUAUGCAUAGAGAAAUACUUGUACUCAGCGCGAAACACUUUCCUGAUAGUCAUACUGGUUUCAAUAUCGGUCAGAUAUUAAAUGAUGUGAUGGAAGAAUGGCAUAUAAGUUCUAGUCAAAUUCAUCUCAUUUUAAGGGAUAAUGCUUGUAACAUGAUUAUAGGAACUGAUAUGUUAGGAGAGAGUGUAGGAUGUUUUAUUCACACUUUACAACUCGUGAUUCAUGAUUGUAUUUUUAAAAAUCGAAAUUUUGUUGAAAUUUUGGGGAAAUGUCGAAAAAUUGUUGGACAUUUUAGCCAUUCUUCACUCGCCUGCUCGAAACUCAAAAACAUACAAGAAAAUUUGAAAUUGCCAAUUCAUAAGUUAAUCCAAGAUGUUACUACAAGAUGGAACUCAACAUUUUAUAUGUUGUCAAGACUUCAUGAACAACGACAAGCGGUAACUGCAUAUGCUGCGGAGAAAGAUAUACCAAGCCUUACGGCUAUGCAAUGGAAUAUGGUAGAAAACGUUAUACGUGUUCUCCAACCGUUUGAAGAAAUGACUAAAAUGGCCAGUUUAAAUUGUGAAACAAUUGGAUACGUUAUUCCAGCAAUUGUUACUCUACACUCGUAUCUUUCAAAACGACAAAAGGAUACUGGAGUAAUGAUGUUGAAAGAAGAUCUCAAAAAAGCGAUGGAAGAACGAUUUCUUAAUCCUAUAGGACUCAAUGUCAAAGAUCAAAAAUGUUUUGUACUCGCUACCGUAUUAGAUCCAAGGUUCAAAACAAAAUUUUGUCCAGACGAAAAUAAGGCCAAACAGUGGAUUAUUGAAGAAUUACUAGAAGUGAAUAAAAGAGUCACUAAUGAUACUGAAAACAAUACGCAGAGUCAUAACGUCAGCUCUCUUCAAGAACGAAAUGUCAUAAGCGAAACACACGAGGACAUUUGGAAGUGUUUCGACGACAUAGUAAAUAAUUCAAAAUCUGAUACUGAUAAUAGCAAUCUUGAUGAUUCAGAAAGCAUAUCGUUUGAAAGACAACCAAGUGAGAGAAGUAAAAAGAAAACUGCUGUCUACAAUGCUGAGUUAGCGAAAUACCUCGUGUUACCAUUGUCACCUAGAAAUGAGGAUCCUUUAAUAUGGUGGAAAAUACAUGCUUUGGAAUAUCCAAAUCUCAAAAUUUUGGUUAUAAAAUACUUGAGUGCUCCUCCUUCUUCUGUCAAUUCAGAAAGACUUUUUAGUGCAGGAAAGUUAGUUUAUUCUGAUGAUAGAAACAGAUUGUCACCGCAGAAUGCUGAAAUGUUAUUGUUCAUCAUGAAAAAUUUAUUAAUAUUAAACUACAAUUUUUGAAUGUUGAAACUAUGAUGUAAAUAAAAUAUAAAAUCAUAAAUAAAUCUGAUA